AUGGUUGACAUCUCAAAUACAAGAUCCCUAGCGGGCAGCGGGGAGAGGGAAGGGAAUCGGGAUUCGCUCAAAGUGAAACUGGAAGAAGACCCGUCCCACACCGACACGCUGCCCGUAUUUCCUGCUCACUACCUGCUGAAACCGAGCGUGCCCGCCCGCGAAGAUGAUGGAGAAGCACGAGUGGGUGAGCGCUUUAGUGGAGAAUCUUGGGAAGACGAGGGGCUUCCUCACAUGACCGCCAAUGGUGUGAUUUCUCAGGAUGCCUGUGGAAAGGAAGGACAAGAACGCAUUGUUUCCGAGACAGGGAAUAUUUCAUCAAAUGAGCGUGAGCUUGCUAGCCCGUGCAAAAUUCCUGGAGCUGAACCGAUUGGUUCAGGGGAACCUGGGGCGCCGGAGCUACCGCAGGAGGUAUUGCGGCUGCUUUCAAACCAGCGUGUGCCAGCUGCUGUCGCAAGCAUGGAGCUGCAAACGGAAGAGUCCAAAGCUCAAGUGCGCCACGCAGCAGGGGCCCUCGUUGCGAUGGCAGACGCGUCUGACGCUGGCACGAACAAUAGCCGUCAAAGCGGAAACGCGGCCAACUUUCCUGCGGGACCGACCGCUCGCGAGUCUCUCAACGAAGCUGCAGUUGACGGUAUGCGUGCGGAAGACCCCCACUUCCUUGUUGAGGAAAAAUGCAGGAAUCGGAUCAAGUCACCGAUAAUUCUCUGCCGGUCCACCCGAGCGUCACUCGUCGACAGCCGGCAACUUCGUCGGCAUGCGAGUCUCCUCGCUCAAUUCCAGACAGAGCUGGAAGGCGUCGGGCUCAAUACGUCUGAGGCUGUGAAGCACCGACGUAGUUUCCCCCGUUUCCUCAAAAUUUUUGGCAAUCAGAUGGAUCCUGAAAAGCACCUUUUUCCUUUCCCCUUUUUCCUGAAAGCCGCGCAACUUGGACCUACAGACCGAGUGAACGGACGGGUGUAUACUUACUCAGGAAAACUUCUCCACUUCCGAGAUGAACUCCUACGGGAGUUCAUUCGGGCAAAAGAGAUAAAUCACUUGGUGGUCUGCAACAAGUUACGGUCGCUGCCGGAGAGUCGCGCCUCUCGUCCGCUUCCUACUCGAGCCAUGCAGGCAAGUGAAGGGCUGGGUAUGGAUACGGAUGAAGGGGGGACGGAGUUCCUUCAGCGGUGGUUCGCGUUCGAGGUUCGGUACCUCUAUGAGAGAGAGCACAUCGCUAUCCGAGCGCUGAAGCCGUUAGUUGACUGCAUUUUGUCGCUAGAGUGUUUGAUGAUAUCAGAGAAAAAAGAGGUGUCCUUAGCUCCUCCGCAAAACCGACAGCAAGCACUAUGCACGAUAAGAUGUAUGCAGAGCUUCUGCGCCUGUCUAAGCGGACUGGCACAAGACACACUUCAGGACACGAAGCGCGUGGAGCUGAUUCACGAACCAGAAGUCAUCGUCCUGGCCAGCGUGAUCCUGUGGAAAGAAAAAUGCGAAAGGGAGGCGAACAAAAGCAAUCAGGAUCUCUUUCCAGCGAAGGCAGCCAAGGCGGAAUUGUUUGAUGUCGACUACCAUAAUCAUGCUUCCGUCCUUAACGCGCAUGCUGAGGAUAUUGCUUACAUGGCGCUGAACAAAAAAGCCGUGGCGCGGUGCCACGAUCUCAUCGUUUCUUUCAAGAAGUUACGUGAUGUUAUCUGGGCGCGCCGCGAGUGUCUCGAUUAUAUGGAGCCCCAUUUUGCCCAAGAUGGCGCAUUAAUACACAGUGUCAGGGCGUUCGAGGUGGCAUACCACCAUUGCAAACGCCUUAUCCUGAGACCGUGCAACCUAAUAUAG